CUACAAUAAACAACCAUAAACACACGCAAUGGACCCCGACGCUAGUAUCCUCGAACCUGCCCCAUCCAUAUUCAACUACGUGCUCUCCUUUCUUCUCGUCGGUGUAGCAUGGGGCUUUACGACACCGUUUAUCCGGCGCGCGGCAGCGGACUUUAAUGCGCGACAGGAGGCGCAACGGGGUACAAAACCGGAACCACAAGAAAAGGAGGCGCCAUUGAAGAGUUGCGAGGAGAAAAAAGAUAAAAAAGAUGAUAAUGAAAUCCAGCAUGAGGAGGAUACUACGGACGAGGACGAGGACGAGACAGAGGAGAGCGAGGAAAAGGACAAACUUCCAACACCAGCAACGAAACAACCAGCAUGGAUGAAUCCCACCACAUCCAAACCAUCCUGGCUCAAACAGAAACUCACCACCCUCCUCUGGACCGUCUUCAAUCUCCUCCGUACACCCGCCUAUUCAAUCCCGCUCGUUGUUAACUUAACCGGGAGUGUCUGGUUCUUUCUCCUUGUUGGGAAGCAUGAACUCUCUUUGACAGUCCCAUUGGCGAAUUCCAGCGCAUUCUUGUUUACGGUGCUCGGGGAAUGGUACGUGGAGCGGAAGAUGAUAGCCAAAGAGACGUGGCUGGGGAUGGGGUUGGUUCUCGGGGGGUUUGCAUUGUGCGUGCAGUCAAAGCAGUAAUACUCAGUAGAAAGGUAGUAAUUAGAAUAGGAAAACAUCUCGAUUGAUGAGAAAAAAAUGGAAAGCAAAAGAGAAUGCAUCAUCCGUGAAUCGAACACGGGCCUCGUCGAUGGCAACGACGAAUUCUACCACUAGACCAAUGAUGCUGGAG